GUGAGAGAGCUGCAAGUAGUUCAGAACCUAUCACGGUCAGAUGAUGGAUAGCUCCACGGAUCUCCAAAGUCGCAACAAUACAAAAGCUGCAGCGAAUGGACUGAUCCGCAGAAUUACCUGCAGGACAAGAGUUCCUUCAGAGUUGCUCCUCCAGGAAGUGUAGAGGCAGAUGUUACCUGCACACGCCGACAAUUUGUAAACUCGGAUGGAUUCAGCAAUUCGUCAUGCACCUGCAAUAGAUACGUCGCUGGUCCCUAUGCAGGCAGGCACCAUGCGCUCGCGCGGCCGAGCAAACGUCGAUCACCAAUCCAGCUCAAUGCAGUAUCCAUGAAGGAGAAUUUCCUGUCCUCCACUCUCCACUCUGUCCCAGAAGGACGGUCCCUACUUUGGAACUCGGACCUUUUACUCUGCCUGCCUGUUCCAGAAACGUUACACUGCGAGGAUCGAACGGGAGGGGAGGGAAAGCAAAGCGGCAGCACAGUUUCCUGUCAAUUGUUUUGAAACUCAGCAACACAUUCCUGGUUUGACACUGCACGGAACCCGAUUUCUGUAAGGUGGAGGAUUCUGGAGUUUUGCUACAUUGUCGAGGUUUGCACUGGGAAGGGACGAAACGAAAUGGAAGCCCAUCCCAAGAGCGAGUCAAAUCUCAGCAUGGGUCGCGCGUGAUGACAAUGUGCAGGAUCUAAUCGUUGUGACUCUAAGCUCGGGGUUGCAUAGGCUUGCGGACCUUGCCUGCCUGCCUGCCUGCCUUGAUGUGAGUGUGCCACCCACCUAGGAGAACCUUUCCGAGAACGGGAUGUGAUUGGGGGUUUUGUGCAGUGCAAUAGAAGAGACAGGGACAGUGAGGAUGAAAAUCCUUCACUUGAUUGGACCUCAGUUGGAGUACAGUUUUGCUUUGAAUCGCUGAUAGGGUUGAAUUUGUCUGCAACCCCACCGUGCGUCUGAUUCCAGAAGAAGGUUCUGCAUGUAAAGAAACAAAUUUGUUGUAAACGGUGCGAGAUGAAUCACAUAAAGGACGAGUGUCAUGGAGACAAAGAAGGAAUAUGAGUGAACAGCACCGCCCACACUUCAGCAGACUUUGAUGUAGGUGGUAUAUCUUAAAGAAUUCGGGUCCUACUGGACUUUGUGAAGAUGACAUGCUGUAUCUCGAAUCCAGCUACCUUCAGAAGACAGUCUUCAAACUGCAAGAUCUUGAAUAUUUGUCUAAUAACAGUGCUGCAUAUAUUCCUUCGUAAGUUCCUUACGUGCACGAAUAGAACUCAUGUACAGCGUUGAUUCUGCGCUCUUCAAAUUGUCGCAUGACGACGAACGAUGGAGCUAAAGCUGUUGGUAUCUAUGGCACUCAAACUCAGCAUUUGCCUAAAUAUUAUAUGAAACCUGCCAUUGGUCGUCUUCUGCUUCUGAGGUGAGUAGUAGCGUGCUGAAUUUUCUGCACAGAUGGUUUUGAAACUAGGUUGCUUAGCAGCAGAAGAGUAACCUGGAACCGGACGUUCACUUAAAGUUGGAAAUGUGGAACCUAGCUUGGACAAGGAAUCAUUCGAGAAAUUCUGUAUGUUUGACUCACUUUAUAGCAUGUCAAUAAAGAUUGAAGUACAGC